CCAAUUAGAUCCCAAUUGCAAAAAAACAAAAAAAAAAUGAAAAAUGUUUUGUUUCUCAGAGUUUGAGGUGGUAAUAUAUGGAGGAGUGUGAUAGUCAAAUAUAGAGAGAGAGAAAGAGAGAGAGAGAGGGGCAGAAUGGGGAUGGAGAGUGCAAUUCCAUUUUUAGCCAUGGUGGUGACGAAGCUAGCACAGGUGGGACUAAUGGUUGCAGCUGAAGCAGCCAUGGCUACUGGGAUGACUGCUUUCACCUUCAUCACUUACUCAAAUCUUCUUGCUUGCCUCAUUCUUAUUCCAUCUUCUCUUUUAAUGAACAGAUCGUCACAUCCCCCGCUAUUGCCUACAUUCGUGUGUGGGUUUUUCUUGCUUGGCCUAAUUGGAUUUUUUAUACAAUCAAUUGGAUAUAUGGGGCUGCAGUACUCCUCUCCAUUGCUGGCUUCAUCCCUGCUCAAUCUCAGUCCUGGUUUCACCUUCAUUCUAGCCAUCAUUCUCAGGAUGGAAAAUUUCAAAUGUGGAAGUUUUACCACACUGGCUAAGUUAGUGGGGACUGUGGUCUCAAUAAUUGGUGCUCUUAUUGCAACUCUUUAUAAAGGACCGCCAAUUGUGACAGCCCCCUUUCAGUCAUCAACCUUAAUUCUUAAUAAUGUUCUCAACCAAUCUUCUACUUGGGUACUAGGAGGCUUUCUUAUGACAAUUGAUACUAUGAUAGCUUCUAUAUUCAUCAUCGCGCAGGCAUUUGUGUUGAAGAAAUACCCUGCAGAGUUGAUUCUAAUGUUGUUUUAUAGUUGUUGUGUGGCCAUUUUAUGCGCUGCGGUCGCUUUGAUUAUAGAAAGGGACCUUAGCGCUUGGAGCUUAAGCAAUCGGACGAGACUCUUUGCUAUUUUGUACUCGGGUUUUUUUGGCAAUGUUUUCCAAGUGACUAUAUGCUCUUGGUGUGUAAGGAGGAAAGGACCUGUUUUUGUUGGCAUGUUUGAGCCCCUGGGUGUUGUGAUCUCCAUGGUUAUUGGUGUGCUCUUCUUGGGGGAAACUUUCUAUUUAGGAAGUUUGGUGGGAUCAAUAAUUGUGGUUGUGGGGUUUUACUUUGUGAUUUGGGGGAAAGCCAGAGAUGGAAAGAUGAUUGAGAGAAAUGGAGUUGAUAAUGGGUCUGAGUCAGCCACCAAAAAUAUUCCACUCUUGCAAGAUAAUGAUGAUGAUGUUGAGAAUAAUAGAGAAACCACCUCAGUUCAAUCAUUGUAGAAGAUGGUACCUGCAAAUUUAAUUUGUAAAAACAAUUCAAUUAAAUCUUAGAAUGCGCUAAACACCUUGUGUUUAGAUGGUAUGUAGUGACUUCUCUCAUGUAGAAAAUCAUGAGAUUAAGCAUCAGUGGAGGUAUUGUUGACUUUGUGUGCUUCAUUUGGUUUGAAAAAGUAUGUUUGAAUAGAUACUACAAUUUAAUAGACUUAGUAACAAUGAUUCUAACUA